UCUAAACAUUUAUCAAAAGUGCUCCACAUCCAGAUGGAGAAAUGCACCGGGUUUGACUGUCUUUCUUGAAGCUCUGUAGCUCCAUCCACGAGUAACGUUUCCCCGUCAGGUAUGUUAUGUAUACCUCAAUCUUCCUCCAGAAGAACCGUUAGGCCUCUUGCAGCACACCUGUAUGCCCCACCUGUGUUGCUCUGCACUGCUGUGUUACUGCAGUAAAUACUUUUUUAGUUUUUUACAGUUCUGUAAGUUCACAUUAUUUACAAUUUGUUUAGUUCAUUUACCUUUUUUUGUUUUACAAAGGAACCGAUAAGAGUACCGUUAAAGGACCGGAUCGAUAAGCGGUAUCGAUAAAAGUAGUAGAACCGUAAAAACCUUAACGAUACCCAUCCCUAAUCAGUGGCAUGAAAUGGUUUUAAAGUGCAAAAAUAUUGAUCAAUACUAAAUAUCCUCAAAACUAAAUGUAUUGUUCCCAGAAUGACUUGACUAUUUGGGCAUGUUCAUGAUAUGUAUUAUUAAUGAAGGUUCAGCAAAUAAAAGGUUCAGCAAAUAAAAUACAAACAUGUAAAAGGUUUCACAGGCGUGACGCUGAAACAGAAAGACUUCUCUCUGAAUGAACUAAUGAUGUUUAAAACAUGUUGUUUCCACAGACAGAGAGCAGAGUCUCCAGUCCCCAGCUGUCAGUCUCUGAAGAGUGACCGGUCUAUGAGGAAACCUCCAGUCUUCAGUAAUGAACCUGGACCCUCAAGAAGGAAGAGGAAGAGUCGUGUUCCUGUGGAGCAGCAGCCGUCCAGCUGUGCUCUGUGUCAGGACGUCCUGAAGGAUCCAGUCUCUUCCAGCUGUGGACACUGGUUCUGCAGACAGUGCAUCACCUCAUACUGGAAGCAGCGCCCUCCAUCAGGAGACUCCUCCUGUCCCCAGUGUGGAAAGAGAUCCAGAACCAGAGCUGGCCUGCAGACAGCCAGUCAGACCAGCUCUGUACGAGCAGAUAGUGGUCUGCAGAAGGUUUUAGAUGAACAUAGGAACAGUCUGAGGAGGAGAUGUGAACGUGUGACUGAAGGAACUGAUAAAAGUGAAACCCUCCUCAACAGCAUCUUCACUGAGCUCUACAUCACACAAGGCCAGAGUGAAGAGGUUAAUACCCGAAAUGAGGUGAGGCAGCUGGAGACCGCUUCCAAGAAAGAGACCCACCAUGACACUCCAAUCAAGUGCCAGGACAUCUUUAAAGCCUUACCUGACCAACAGACUCACAUCAGAGCGGUCCUGACCAACGGAGUCGCUGGAGUUGGAAAAAGCUUCUCAGUGCAGAAGUUCACUCUGGACUGGGCCGAGGGUUUGGGGAACCAAGAUGUCAGUCUGGUGAUCCCGCUCUCCUUCAGGGAGCUGAACCUGAUCAAAGGUGAGCAGUACAGUCUUCUCAGGCUGCUCCAUGUUUUCCAUCCAACCUUACAGAAGGUCACAGCAGAGCAGCUGGCUGUCUGCAAAGUGCUGCUCAUCUUUGACGGCCUGGAUGAAAGCAGACUUUCUCUAGACCUCAGAAACAAUGAUGUUGUGUCUGAUGUCUCUCAGCAGUCCUCAGUCAACGUGCUGUUGACAAACCUCAUCCGGGGGAAGCUGCUUCCCUUGGCUCUCGUCUGGAUAACUUCCAGACCUGCAGCGGCCAAUCAGAUCCCUCCUGAGUGUGUGGACAGGGUAACAGAGGUACGAGGCUUCACUGACGCCCAGAAGGAGGAGUACUUCAGGAGGAGAUCGAGUGAUGAAGACCUGUCCAGCAGAAUCAUCUCUCACAUCAAGAGCUCCAGGAGCCUCCACAUCAUGUGUAUGAUCCCAGUCUUCUGCUGGAUCACUGCUGCAGUUCUGGACCACAUGUGGACUACAGACCAGAGAGGAGAGCUGCCCCAGACCCUCACUGACAUGUACUCACACUUCCUUCUGGUCCAGACACAGAGGAAGAAGCAGAAGUAUGAAGAGGGACAUGAGACGAGUCCACAGCAGCUGACGGAGGCUGACAGGGAGCUUCUUCUGAAGCUGGGGAGGCUGGCGUUUGAACAACUGAAGAAAAGAAACAUCAUGUUCUACCAAGAAGACCUGCAGCGCUGUGGUCUUGGUGUCACCAAGGCCUUGGUGCACUCAGGACUUUGUACAGAGAUCUUCAAAAGAGAGAGUGUGAUCUUCCAGAAAACCGUCUACUGCUUUGUUCACCUGAGCAUUCAGGAGUUUCUGGCUGCAGUCUACUUGUUCCACUGUUACACCAACAGAGACACAGCGGUACUGAAGAACUUCCUGAAGAGAGACUGGCCCUAUGAGAACAGUAAAAACCGUGAUCAGGAGUACCCAUCCCUGGAUGUCUUCCUAAAAGGAGUCAUGAAGAAAUCCUUCAGAAGUGAAAAUGGCCACCUGGACCUGUUUGUCCGCUUUCUCCACGGCCUCUCUCUGGAGUCCAACCAGAGACUCUUAGGAGGCCUGCUGGGUCGCACAGACAACCGUCCAGAAACCAUCCAGAGAGCCAUCAGCAACCUGAAGAAGUUUAGAAGUGAUAGCAUCUCUGCUGACAGGAGCAUCAACAUCCUCCACUGUCUGACAGAGAUGAAGGACCACUCAGUAAAUCAGGAGAUCACAGAGUUCCUGAAGUCAGAGAACAGAUCAAAGAAGAUACACUCUAUGAUCCACUGCUCUGCUCUGGCAGACAUGCUGCAGAUGUCAGAGGAGGUUCUGGAUGAGUUGGACCUGAAGAAGUACAAAACAUCACAGGGGGGGAAACGGAGACUGAUUCCAGCUGUGAGGAACUGCAGGAAGGCCACACUUACUGACUGCGGACUCUCAGAGGCUGAAUGUGAAGUCGUGGCCUCAGCUCUGAAGUCUGACCCCUCCCAUCUGAGAGAUCUGGACCUGAGUGAGAACGCUCUGGAGGAUUCAGGAGUGGAGCGUCUGAGUUCUGGACUAAAGAGUCCAAACUGCAGACUGGAGGCUCUCAGACUGAGGUGGUGCAGUUUGUCAGAGAUCAGCUGUUCUGCUCUGACCUCAGCUCUGAAGUCCAACCCCUCCCAUCUGAGAGAUCUGGACCUGAGUCUCAACGAUCUGCAGGAUUCAGGAGUGAAGCUGCUGAGAGAUCUUCUGGAGAGUCCAGACUGCAGACUGGAGACUCUCAGACUGGAGAGCUGCAGGUUGUCAGAGAUCAGCUGUUCUGCUCUGGCCUCAGCUCUGAAGUCCAACCCCUCCCAUCUGAGAGAGCUGGACCUGAGUCUCAACUACAAUCUGCAGGAUUCAGGAGUGAAGCUGCUGAGAGAUCUUCUGGAGAGUCCAGACUGCAGACUGGAGACUCUCAGACUGGACAGCUGCAGUUUGUCAGAGAUCAGCUGCUCUGCUCUGGCCUCAGCUCUGAAGUCUGACCCCUCCAGUCUGAGAGAUCUGGACCUGAGUGAUAACAAUCUGAAGGGUUCAGAUGUGAAGCUGCUGAGAGAUCUUCUGGGGAGUCCAGACUGCAGACUGGAGACUCUCAGUCUAAGGUGCUGCAGGUUGUCAGAGACCAGCUGUUCUGUUCUGAUCUCAGCUCUGAAGUCCAACCCCUCCCAUCUGAGAGAUCUGAACCUGAGUCUCAACGCUCUGCAGGAUUCAGGAGUGGAGCUGCUGAGAGAUCUUCUGGAGAGUCCAGACUGCAGACUGGAGACUCUCAGACUGAGCUGCUGCAGGUUGUCAGAGACCAGCUGUUCUGCUCUGAUCUCAGCUCUGAAGUCCAACAUCCAUCUGAGAGAUCUGAACCUGAGUCUCAACGAUCUGAAGGGUUCAGAUGUGAAGCUGCUGAGAGAUCUUCUGGAGAGUCCAGACUGCAGACUGGAGACCCUCAGGAUUUAUCCCGAGACGUUCAGAGCCAAGAUCCAGAAGAGCUGUCCGGGGGGGUCACCUGUUGACCCGUGUCCGUCUCCACGAGUGUCCGCAGGCAUCCCGUAAUACUGCGUUUGGGGGGCGUUCUGUAAUCAAAGCCGUCUCUGAAACGCUCUCAAAGUCUUUGACGACAAAGUCACAAAAAGGACAAGAAGGAGAAAUAUUUUGAGUCUCUUGGACUUCUUUGUGUUUAUCACCCCGGGUUCAUUAAUGUCCAAUCAAAUGUUUCCAUUUCUAAGAGGAGCCCUGCCUGUUGACAUGGUGGCAUUUAGGUUGAUGUGCAUGUCGUCUGUAUGAAGUGUAAUCAGAUAUAACCUUUCAGAUGUGAUGCCUCUCAAAGGAAGUACAGCUGUGCAGAGAGUGGGUUCAGAUACUGUUGACAGAUAUAAAUGAUAUCUUCUGGAAAUAUCCAGCAGCUCCACAGCGAGAGAAGACAGAUCAAACUCAACAUCACUCAUCGGGCAUCAGAGAGACCUCAAAGGGGUCGAGCGCCUGCCCUUUCGCCUCCUGUUAGAGAAGAGCCCUUUUUCAAUGCUUUUUGACCCGACAUGAAACUAAAGACUGAACCUGUGUCUAAAGCUCACGUUGCUUUGCAUUAUUGUGUGGCUUGGUAUGAGAUGUGAAUUAAAUCAAACUCAUUAUUUGGCACAUGGUAUCAGUCACAGCUGGUUUUCUCAAAACACUGAAUUCUGACUUCUUAUUCAAAUUCGGACUUUUUUCCUAAAAUCUAAUAAUGUUGACUUUCUCAACAUUAAAAACCAUGUUUUUCUACAAAUCAGAAAAUGUUGACUUUUUUUCAAAAUGUUCACGUUUCUCGAAAUCUCAUAAUUUUGACGAUUUUUCUCAAAUUACAAAUUUCUGACUUUUCUGAAAGGGAAAACAUUAUUUUAUUUACUUGUAAUAUUGUAUCUGUGUUAUUGUGUUGCUCUGUUGGAGGAGGAGCCUGUGACCUCAGAUUUUCAUUGAUAUCUGCACUGUAGCUCAGCUGUACACAUGACAAUAAAAGCCUUGAAACUUGAA